AUGGCGACUUCUCCGGUGGCCGUUGUCUGUAUUGGCAUGGCGGGUUCGGGCAAGACGACAUUCAUGCAGAGAAUAAAUAAUUACCUGCAUGUGAAUAAGAAGAAACCAUACGUGCUCAACCUUGAUCCAGCUGUCCUGAAUGUUCCCUUUCAGCCUAAUAUUGACAUUCGUGACAGCGUCAACUACAAGGAGGUCAUGAAACAAUACAAUCUUGGUCCAAAUGGUGGCAUCCUCACAUCUCUGAACUUGUUUGCAACAAAGAUCGAUCAAAUCAUUGCUCUACUAGAGAAACGGGCACAGCCUGGACCAGAAAGCUCGAUCAUACCGCCCAAACACUUCUUGAUUGAUACACCCGGUCAGAUCGAGGUCUUUGUUUGGUCAGCUUCUGGCAGCAUCCUCUUAGAAUCACUUGCAUCCUCCUUCCCUACCGUAAUCGCGUAUAUUAUCGAUACCCCACGUACCUCUUCGACCUCAACCUUCAUGUCCAACAUGCUCUACGCAUGCUCAAUACUGUACAAGACGAAAUUGCCGAUGAUUCUUGUUUUCAACAAGACAGAUGUUCAGGACGCGGAGUUUGCAAGAGAGUGGAUGACUGAUUUCGAGAAAUUUCAAGAAGCGCUUCGCGAAGAGCAGAACAAAGGUGUCUUUGGAGGUGAAGGUUUCGGCGGGAGUGGCUACAUGGGCAGUUUCCUCGACAGCAUGAGCUUGAUGCUGGAAGAGUUCUAUUCUCAUCUGAAUAUGGUGGCAGUGUCGAGUAUGACUGGGGACGGCAUUGACGAUUUCUUUGAUGCUGUCGAGGAAAAGAGGAAGGAGUUCGAAAGAGAUUACAGACCAGAGUUAGAAAAGAGACGAAAAGAGCGAGAAAAGGAAGGCGCCAGCACACGAGAACAAGAUCUAACGAAAGUGAUGAGGGAUAUGAACGUGAACGAAAGACCAACGACAUCAAGGAAGCCUACCGAGACGGAUGAAUCGGACGAGGAGGAGGAAGAUGAUAAUGACCCGGAUGAUUAUCCUGACGCUGAGAAGGACGAGGAAGACGAGGAAGGCUUGAAGCGGAGGUAUAGGAACGCAUUGCGUGAGCAAGGAAUCCAAGUCGACGAUGAUGAUCCCACCAUUGCCCAAUUGCUGGCGCAAACUCGACGAUCGGGAUGA